AAAAAAAAACAAAAGACAAAAUAAUUAUGUGCAAAUACAACAAUUAAAAUUAAUUAAUCCCAACAAUAAUAGUGCGAACGAUCGCUUGUGUUGUGUACGUGAGUGAUUUUGUAAUUAAUUACCUAAUUCCGUAAACGAAACAUAUUUUGCUGUAAAACAGACCAAAUAUUUUCGAACGAAAGAUGGUUGUGAUCUUGUGUGAACGAAUGAAGGUAUUUGUGACACAGCCCGCUGAGUUUCUCGCCGGAUCUUCCCAGUAAUUCUGAUAUGCAGGAGACAAAAUGGAAAACACGAAAUCACCAAGCGAAGCGCCAAUAAAGAAAACCGGGUCACGACUGAACGAGCGCGCACCCCGCAUCACGCUGCAGCAUUUAGACAAACUCGGCCAUGGUCUGGAGAAAGUCGGCCAUCUCGUUGGCCAAACGUUGGACCAGCGUUCCGUGCUGGAUCGGAUUACCUUUGAAACGGAGAGGCUGAGUCACAGCGAAGCGUCGUCGAGACGUAACAGCGACGAUGGAGGCAGAUCCAACAAGGAAAGUCUUAGGGCAGACGGCACUAACUCGGAGCCUCCCACGGCCAACGUGACCAAUCAGAACGCGUGGAAUGACCUCGCCAGCUCCACGUCUACGACCAGAACUGAAUUGAGUUUAUCAGACAGCGCAAUGGACGAGGCUUCAGAUCCUCGCCGUAGGAGCCACGAGUCGGCCCUACCAGGUACUCCGAUGCACGCCAGAACAAUGUGGAAAUCAACUGACUCGCUCGCCCCGGAGUCGGCGUUUGGAACCUCUCUAGCGGACAUCAUGGAAAGCCCUGCUAACAAGAGCAUACCCAUUGAAACGGAAGAUAAUAAGAUCCACCUCCGAGAAGACAUCAGAUCCAUCCAUUCGGACAGCUCCGACGAAAGGAAGCCGCGCGGAUGGCGCUACGUCAGAAACCUCACUUCGGCAGCGGGGGGGCUCGUUAAUAAGACCAAGGACGCUGCUGCUUUGCCCGGUACACCCUUGCCCAGUUUCCAGUCCAAGCCGGAGGACCAGGCCCCGGAGAGCCCGAACAAACCUGACAGGAAGCAGUCGUUCCCGAAAAAUCCGAAGGAAAAAGACGAAAGCCUUGGCGAAACAAACCCUGAAGGCUUAGAACCCGAGUCUUUGAUGUUUCGCGACGGCAGACGACGAAUAGACAUGGUUUUAGCGUACGAGGAGGAAGACUACGGGGUUAUGACGGAAGCUGAGGCGAAGAAACGAGAUUACAGAAGAACAUUCCAUGAAAAUUUGAUUAAGGAAGGCUUAGAACUGGAGUUGGAGAACAAAUGCCUGUCUUUUGACGAGAAGACCUGGUUCUUGAAGAUCCACAUACCGUGGAAGACCGAGAUGAGACUGGCCGAGGUUAUUGGCAUGAAGCUACCGACUAAGAGGUUCAUAUCAAUAUCUGUCCGAGCUUGGAGCGACGAGAAGCAAGUAGAGAGAGACAAAAGAUGGUAUUCAAAAUGGCGUCGGAUAUGGAAGCAGAUUUAUGAGUACGAGCACAGUAGGAUCGAGCUUGAACCUUCCUUCUACGCGGCCACAGAAAACAAAGGCGUUAGGAGAGAAGAACAGUUUUUGGUGAAAGACCGUCACACCCAGUUCUCGCCGGCACAGAGAAGUCUAUUGGUGAUGCAGAUAUUAUUAAGAGUUAGAUAUGACAAUACUGAAACUAAGAUGGGCAUACGGAGGCUGCUGAACGACGGUACAUAUCUAGGAUGCUUCCCCCUCCACGAGGGGAGGUACGACACUGACUCGGCCGACGGUACGGUCACCGAUCGAAGAUUGCUGUACUUAGAAUGGGCCAGACCCUCGAAAUGGUUCAAGAAGCAGCCCCUCUGGCUGGUCCGAAGAUAUUUCGGGGACAAAAUUGGCCUGUACUUCUGCUGGUUGGGGUUCUACACGAAGAUGCUGUACGCUCCGGCCAUUGUCGGGACGCUGUGCUUCCUGUACGGACUGGCCAGCAUGGAAUCUGGUGAUAACAUUCCUAGUCAGGAGAUAUGCGACCUCAAGGGCCCUGGGAACACCACGCUGUGCCCUCUGUGUGACAAGGCCUGCAAAUAUCAGACCCUGGCCGAUUCGUGUCUGUUCGCCAAACUCACUUACCUCUUCGAUAAUCCAGCGACAGUGUUCUUCGCGAUAUUCAUGUCUUUUUGGGCCACAACAUUUCUGGAGCUCUGGAAGAGGAAGCAGUCCGUGCUGAGAUGGGAGUGGGACUUGGGUGGCGUCGACUAUGACGAGGACCCUCGGCCAGAGUUCGAAACCUCAGCGAAGACAUUCCGCACCAACCCUGUGACCAGGGAGAAGGAGCCUUAUCUACCAGUCUGGCAGAAGACCAUGAGAUACAUCGCGACGAGCAGCGCAGUUUUGUUCAUGAUCGCGAUCGUGAUGGGAGCGGUCCUCGGGACCAUCAUCUACAGGAUCUCCAUGGUGUCAGUCAUCUACGGUGGCUCGGGGUUCUUCAUACAGCGGCAUGCGAAGAUCUUCACCGCCAUGACAGCAGCCCUGAUCAAUUUAAUCAUCAUCAUGAUUCUGACCAGGAUAUACGCCAAGGUGGCGGUCUACCUGACGAACAUGGAGAACCCUCGCACCCAAACGGAAUACGAAGACUCGUACACCUUCAAAAUAUUUUUCUUUGAGUUCAUGAACUUUUACUCUUCUUUGAUUUACAUUGCGUUCUUUAAGGGUCGUUUCUACGACUACCCCGGAGACGACCAGGCCAGGAAGUCGGAGUUCUUCAAGCUAAAAGGCGACAUCUGCGAUCCGGCCGGCUGUCUCUCCGAGCUGUGCAUACAGCUAGCUAUCAUUAUGAUUGGGAAGCAAUUCUUCAACAACUUCUUGGAACUGGGAUUCCCCAAGUUCCACAAUUGGUGGCGUCGUCGCUCGCACCGGGCCGUGACCAGGGACCCCAGCAAGCCGCACAUGGCGUGGGAACAGGACUACCACCUCCAGGACCCCGGGAGGCUGGCCUUGUUUGAUGAAUACCUAGAAAUGAUCCUCCAAUACGGUUUCGUGACGUUAUUUGUGGCCGCCUUCCCGCUGGCCCCACUGUUCGCAUUGCUCAACAACAUAGCCGAGAUCAGACUGGACGCGUACAAAAUGGUGACACAGGCGAGGCGACCUCUAGCGGAGAGGGUCGAGGACAUCGGAGCCUGGUACGGGAUAUUGCGUGGGAUAACGUAUGCGGCGGUCGUCUCAAAUGCGUUCGUGAUAGCGUACACAAGUGAUUUCAUUCCGCGUAUGGUCUACAAAUACGUCUAUUCCCCGGACAACACUCUAGCAGGAUACAUAGACCAUUCGUUGUCUCUGUUCAACACAUCAGAUUACCGGGAAGACUGGGGGGCUGACGAGAACGAAGUUGACCCCCCGGUGUGUGCGUACCGCGGGUACCGGAAUCCGCCAGACCACGCAGACCCCUACGGUCUGUCUCCGCACUACUGGCACGUGUUCGCGGCAAGACUGGCCUUCGUCGUCGUAUUCGAGCAUGUUGUAUUCGGUCUAACGGGCCUAAUGCAGCUGUUUAUACCCGAUUUGCCGAGCGAACUGCGGAUACAGAUGCAAAGGGAAGCGCUGCUAGCUAAGGAAGCGAAAUAUGAGCACGGCAGAAGAAGAUUGUCUACCGAAUACAGACAGCUGAUCACGCAGAAGAGCGACAGCAGCGGAGAGCGCCCCGCUGGUCCGUGGCUGCGUCGGACCUCCCGGGCCUCGGACGGGCUGGACGCGCACGUUGCCGUCGCCCAGAAACCUUCUUCUCCACAAAUAACGCACUGACAUCAGACGAAACGCCAUUAGAUUCAAAUACUUUUAUUUCUUAGUUGGAAACCGCUGAAAAUACGUUAAGAUUAUUUAAAACAUUAAUUUCGUCUUCUCGCAUUAAAACUGUACUAGUGGUCCCGCGGUAGUCGAAAUUCGACUAUAAUUAAUUGAAAUUAUA